UGCUGUUGAGUUUUCGGGCCGCAGUGCUGGGCGUUGAGUGCUUAGCGGGGCGGCAGGUCCGGCAGCCGCAGAUGUCGCGGAGCGGGGCGAGUCCGAACCGGGAAUCGUAGGAAGCGCGUCGAGGAGACGCGUAGUCCGCACGGCAGGUCACGGCGAUAGCGACUUGGCCGUGUCCAUGCCUUUCUGUAACUUUGCUAGCUGGGCGUUUGUAUUUGCGGUUUGUGGUGGAAUAAACAUAUAACGUGUUCCGUUUGUACCAGAUUGGCGUUUUAACUCGGAAACUGGGGUUUUGAUCGAACUGAAUAAAGCCGGAGUAUAUGGUUGUGGUUUCAGUUUCCGUGGUUGUAAUUUCUGUUGUUAUAUAUAGAUUUAUAUGCAGCCGAGGUGGGAUAAAGUGUAGGUCAUGUUGAUGUAUCUACGUGUUUCGGAUGUGAUCUGAGGCCCACAUGGUAUCAAACGUACGCCAUUUCACUUUAGGGCGGCUUGGAAACUGUUCCCUGCCGCAAACUAAGCAGAAGUCUAGUUUAAUUAAACGGUUUAAUAAUGCCGCACUUAAAACGGCGGCCACCGUAUCGCACUGUUAGCAAACACGCCUGCAUGGCCGUCAUUUCCCUGCCCACAACACAGGCAGUCUGUUCCCCUGCGUGUUUUUAUGCCCCUAUUUCCUUCAGCGGCGUCAUCAGGCGCAGUACGGCCAGUGUACUGUAAGUUUGUUGAGGGUCUCCGCGCAGUGCGACAUGUCAUAUUAAUGUGCUACUGCUGGAGGCGUUCGAAGUGGCGGCUUUUGCUCGGCUGCGGUGCGCAUCGGCUGCUUGCCGUCGUCUCCGGGAUCAGCUGCAUGGCGGCGGGCGCCCUGUGUGAUCGGCGGGCCGUUUGCCAACACGUGGUCCGACAGCGGGGCCCCCAGCCGCGCCGAAACCGUCCUCUACUCCUCUCAGUUUGGAAGCCGAAUAAUGGAGUCGACGGGAAUGUGCGUGAUGGAGGUGGCAUCCCGGGGUCUGGUCCGACCUGGAGAGCCUCUCGCUCUGCCCGAUCUGGAGAGCCCCUCUGCGGAGGAGCUGGACAUGCCCUGCUAUCAGGAGAUAUCUAGGGGGGAGACCCCAGGGCGUGAAGACUGCCGGAUAGACCCCCCAGAUGGCGAAGUGGCCCCCGACAGCAACAAAAGCAAAGACAAGAAGGGGCUGGGGAAAGAGGUUCUGCUACUGAUGCAAGCUCUAAAUACUCUCUCUACCCCUGAGGAGAAGCUAGCGGCUUUGUGUAAGAAGUAUGCUGAUCUGCUAGAGGAGCGGCGCAGCAUGCAGAAGCAGAUGAAGGGUCUGCAGAGGAAGCAGUCGCAGGUCAUGAAGGAGAAGAUCCACCUACAAGGGGAGAACAGUAAGGCCAUCCUGGCCCGCAGUAAGCUGGAGAGUCUCUGCCGGGAGCUGCAGCGCCACAACAAGACCCUGAAGGAGGACAACACCCAGAGGUUGCGGGAGUAUGAGGAGCGCAGAAGGGAGGUGACACUGCACUUCCAGAUGACACUCAACGAGAUCGAGGCGCAGAUGGAGCAGCACAACGUGCACAACGGCAAACUGCGGCAGGAGAACGUGGAGCUGGCCGACAAGCUCAGGAAGCUGAUAGAGCAGUACGAGCUGAGGGAGGAGCACAUCGAUAAGGUGUUCAGGCACAAGGAGCUGCAGCAGCAGUUGGCAGAUGCCAAGCUGCAGAGGACCACCGAGCUGAUGAGGGAGACCGAGGAGAAGCACCAGAGGGAGCGGGAGUUUCUACUGAAGGAGGCGAUGGAGUCGAGGCACAAAUGUGAACUUAUGAAGGAGCAGGAGUCCCAACUGAAACAGCAGCUCUCCCUAUAUAUGGACAAGUUUGAGGAGUUUCAGACCACGCUUGCUAAGAGCAAUGAGGUUUUCACUACCUUCAGGCAGGAAAUGCAGAAGAUGACCAAGAAGAUAAAGAAGCUGGAGAAGGAGACGACUCUGUGGCGUAACAAAUGGGAGACCAAUAACCAGGCCCUCCUCCAGAUGGCCGAAGAGAAAACGGUGCGGGACAAGCGCUACUCCGCCCUCCAGGGGAAGCUGGAGCGCCUGGAGAAGCUGUGCAGGGCCUUGCAGCAGGAGCGCAACGACCUCAGCCAGAAACUGGAGAGGCUGCGCUGUCCCCUGGGCGAGGUCGCCGAGCCCCCAGACACCCAGCCGGAUGGGCGGCCCCCAGAAGUGGAGGAGGCGGUCUCUCUCGCAGAGGCCCCGCCCCCCUGAACAGGAAGUGGACCCUACCCUGGCCCCUGCAGAGCCUCUUGCCAACUGAGCCAGACCCAUAGGCAUUUGUGGAGGUAUAUAUAUGUGUAUAUAUACAUACAUAAAUAAAAAAUUUAUUUUUGUGUAAUAGUUAUAAUGUAAGAAGUAUAAUUGCGUUAGUAAACAAUGCUUUGCUCUGUACAUGGUAAUUAUUGGGUUUGUGGUGAACAUUUCCUACUUUUUCCUACUACAUCUGUAUUUUCGUAAAUGUACUGUGAGGCCACAGAUCGUCAGUUGAUUCCUUUUGUAUUAGGUUUUUUUUAUGCAUAUCUGCCUCAUUUUAAUAUUCUUGCCAACUGACAAUUCCGGCUCUAUCUAACAUGAGAGGCGCCCAUGUUUGAGGUGCUGUAUUUAUUUACUUGCUUCCUCACUCAACUAAGUUGAUGAUUUGAUUAAAUUUCAUAGCAUAGUUUUGGAUGCAUCAUGAUGAAUCUCUUUAGUAUGACUAAAGUUGGAUUUUUUUUUUUUUGUUUUGUGACGGCUUAAGUUGGUAUAAGAGCUGGCUUAUUUCCGAUCUGUGAAUGUGUAGUACUGUGCUUACCUGCAGUUUGGCAGCCUGGCGUUGGUACCAUCUGUCCCCUUCUGGAUUCUGCUGUAGCAUUAACGGUACUCUUAGGAAUGUCAGGAUAUCGGUGUCGUUUGAGGGUUUCCCGUAAUCGGGACUGGUACCCACCCUUGGAUCCACCUUUCUGGAUUUCCCAGGCUUCACGUUGAUGCCGAAUGUGAUUUCCGUGUCACUGGGGCGCGCUGCAGUGAGUGGGGAAGCCACUUGGGGGCGUCAGUGGCAUCUGCUCGGAGAUGGAUGUGGGUGUUCUGCUCGGUGAGAGCAGGCUGGUGUGACACUGCCUUUUUUGGGAUCGCUAUACGCAGGAGCGGCUGCCCAGAGCUCCCCCUCUGAACUAUGACUGGAAAUACAGGGUUUAUCUUCACUAACCUUCUCAGGUUUUCCUCACCUCCUACCAUGAGCCAAGAAUGACUUCACUGAAUGAUUUAACUCCCCUCUGCCACUGUCUCCAUCAGCGGCUUUCAUAUUAAUGUAAUCAUUGUUUAAUGUUAAACCUGAACUCUUUGAGAUUGGUACCCUGGAAUGGUUCAUACCCUCUCAUUGGACAGUUAUUCAUGAAUUGAAUUGAGUUGUUUUACAGCCCCUGUGGUAUUAAGGUCAUUACUGCCAGCGUCAGUUGUGUGUCUGUGCAUCUGUGUCAGUGCUUCAUGCUUUAAUUUCUCCUAGUACUUCCAGUUAACUGAGCUGUUAAGUUAUUUACGACGGAAUCCUCCGUUUCAGGAUGAUUCUGUGAAGGUCACAACUGACCCCGCAGAAGUUUGCUUUUACAGUCCUGUGAGGCGCUUUCCAUGCCGUUAAUGACACUGGCCGUUUUGUACCGGCCCUGUGUUGCUGUGUCGUGGGUUUGAGGGCUGAAGGUUUGAUGUUAAGUUUUCCUGUGCCAGUAUAAAGGGACCCUUGCCACCCCAUUUUCUACCAUAAAUGGGCAUUAAACUUUUUUCAUCUGCAUUCCGGCUGUGGCAGGAAUGUAUGUCAGACUAGGGAGAAAAUCACUUGUGUGUCAGACAUUUGAAUGUGCUCUGCAUGUGGCGAUCAAUUGUAUGUUGUUUCAGUAAGGAAGGAACAUAGGGACUUCAGAAACGCUUCCAUUUUUUAUUGUGAUGAUACAUACCAGCAUUAGUUGUACUUGAUGUUCAGUUUUUUCAAACUCUGGAAUCUCGUCAGACGUGGCUGAUGGUGAAAUGCAAAAAAAAAAAAGAAAGUGUUUUGUAAACAUUGUUGAUCUUCGUUCCCGUUGCCAAUACAGCCCUCUACUGCUGACUGCUGGCUUCUCUGCUUUUUUUUCCGUUGACGUCGUUUAAUCGACGCUCUUGGUUCAAUUUCACAGCUAGAUUUUCACGUGAGCAUCGAGGCGUUUGAACCAGCCUGCUAAGUUUGCUAGCCAUGGUGCCUCAGGGCAGGAAGGUCUCAUUUCCCCCAUUGUAGCUUCAGCGUGCUGUGGAAAAAAUGUUUAGGUGUCAGCAUGUCGCGCUGUUUGCCGGACCUCCUGAACGUAGAUGGCGUGACACCAGGGGCUUCUAAAGAGCAGCUGAUGUUUGAAGGACCCAACAAUGUGAAUGUAAUUGACAGUAUGGGGCCUUAGGUAACUCCUAGCCACUCUUCUGUACCUCACCUAGCGAUGCUAGCCUCUUCUGUACCUCACCUAGCGAUGCUAGCCUCCCGGCGUGUAGAACUCAAGGCUAGUUUUGCGUAUUUCUGGAUGCUGUAAGUACAAUUUCACGCCACGUUCCACUCUGAAGGCAUCGAUCUAUGAAAAGGAUGCAUUAAGCAGUGAAAGCACUGAUGCCACCAGUGUGCCAGAUGGCAUCUCGCUCCUUGGUUUGGCAAUGCCACCGUUUUGAUUCUCAGGUUCAGCUAGAAAUCUACCUCUGAGGGACUGUACACGAAACUGAACAGCAGGUGUCACCGUUGCAUUGUCCCCCCCCCACCCCCGUCCCCUUUAUCAAACAUGAGCCAACGUUCCCCCUUUGAGAGAUUGUAAAAUGUUCCGAUUGUUUAGUCUCGCUUUUCAAUAAAACUUUUUUUAGACUUUUCCA